AGUUUUUAACCUCGUCAGUGAUCAACAGUUACAGCUCCCGAGAAAGCACUCGCUUGGCGAUAGGUUUAACCGUUUUCUUCACCUAUUUAUGUAUUUUAACAGAUAACUACAUGGCUACGACAGGACGGAAGGACUCCUCUGAGCGGGAAAGACUUCCCUCUCCGGUGACUCGCUACGGCUCCACAGACAGCAGUGGCGAGGAUGACUAUCAAAUUAACAGUCAUGACAACAACUGUAACCACCACCGGUUUGCCACAGCAGCAGGAUGUCACUGGGUCCACGCUGGAGAGGAAGAGGAGGCGAUUUGCAGGAAGCUAAAAUACUUCUUUAUGAGCCCUUGUGAUAAAUAUCAUGCCAAGGGGCGCUAUCCUUUUAAACUGAUCCUGCAGCUAGCCAAAAUUUUUUUUGUCACCGCUCAGGUACAUCAUAUAUUAUACUUUAAUGCUGAUUUCUUUUUGGGGGUGCUCUUGAUUUGGAGACAUUUCUGGUUCCGUACAUUUUCCCAGUAUCUGGCCUUGCCAGAGACCACAGUGGGACGCUAUGCAUAUGUCUAUAACCGUGCCGAGAAUGGCAGCGCCCUCUUUCUCUGCCAGCAGUACUACAAGAAGGGACACAUCGACCCCGCCAACGACACGUUCAGCAUAGACCCCCGUGUCAUCAAAGUCUACCGUUGUGAGUUUGUGAAGUUCUUUAAGACGACGCUAGAUCGUAAAGUGUGCUGGGGAGACCGGCUUGAGUUUAUUAACGGCUGGUAUAUCCUCCUCAUCAUCAGUGACAUCUUCACAAUCACUGGCAGUUUCAUCAAAAUCGGCAUCGAGACAAAGAAUAUAUCCUCCUAUGACCUCUGUGCCAUCCUUUUGGGAACCUCCACUCUCUUAGUGUGGGUGGGAGUCAUUCGCUACCUCACAUUCUUCCAGAAGUACAAUAUCCUUAUCGUGACACUUCGAGCAGCUUUCCCCAAUGUUAUUCGCUUCUGCUGCUGUGUGGCUGCCAUCUAUCUGGGCUACUGCUUCUGUGGCUGGAUCGUCCUGGGACCAUACCAUGUCAAGUUCCGCUCUCUGUCCAUGGUGUCCGAGUGUCUGUUCUCCCUCAUUAACGGCGACGACAUGUUCGUGACGUUCGCAGAGAUGCAGGAGACCAGUCCUCUAGUGUGGCUGUUUAGCCAGGUUUACCUGUACACCUUCAUCUCCCUCUUCAUCUACAUGGUGCUGUCUCUGUUCAUCGCUCUCAUCACAGGAGCGUACGAGACCAUCAAGCAUCAAACCCAAGAACCAAUCCACAUAACAGAUCUGCACGCCUUCAUAGCAGAGUGCACAGAUGCACCGAAUUCUGGGAAGUUCAGAGGUUUGGAGACUUCACCUUGCUCCUUCUUCUGCUGCUGUGACAGAACAACCACGUAUGAAGAUGUCCUGCUGGUGAACUGAAAUCAACCUCACCAAUCUCUGAAACCUCACUAGCCUCCCCUGCUGACCAGUGGGGCACACUGCAUCCACCCAACACCCGGUGUCUCCGUGUAUCUGGGUCAAACCAAACGACUGUUCCAAAGUGGGAGUUGCGAUUGGCUGGAACUGCGCUCUGCAGAGGAAACGUGGAACAGAUGAAGAGCUGGGCCUUUUCCUCUGUAUGAACAGCAGCAUCGAAGAAGGCUAUUGCACAGACAUUUCUCUUGGUUCUAGUGUGUUUUUUUUAAACAUUAUUCAGUAUUUUUUAAUAUAUCUGGUGUAUUUUAUGCUCACCCAGACUAGGAACUCUUUGGUGCUGUCUAUGUUUUGUUUUUUGUUUGUUUUACUUUUGAAGUAUUUCAAAUCGGUUGGCUCCUGAGGAGGAGACUCUUAAAAUUAGAUAUUUAUAUCAUAUUCAGCAACAUUUUAUUGUACAGAACUCGUUUUAAAAAUUUAAAUAAUCUAAUAUCUCUUAAAUUAGCCAAAGCUAAUUUGCUAGCUGGAGAAUCAUGACAUGACAUUUAAACAGAGCAGGACAAAAAAAUCCCCCAUGUGAUUGUUUUUACAGAGUUCCAAAACAUAUCAGGAAACGCAGAUGGGCGUACGGCGUGGAAUUGAUUCAUUUUCUUUGUGAGCUGCACAUUUAUUAUAAAGUUUCGACCAGUGUCAUUAGCGGCGGCUGUGCUGCAUCAUGUUGCCUUCAAAUGUAGAUCCCAGUUUAUUUCAUUUUUAUUGCUUCGUUUUCUUUCAGUAAUGAUCAGGGUAAUGGGACGCAACCGUUCACUAACAAAGCACUUAGCUUUUGCCUGACCUUGGCUGCAGUUUCUUCUUCAGACCCACAUUUUUUUAAUGAAGCUGAAGUAUUAAAAAGAAACUCGGUCUAUCAAAAGUGCUGCACCCCUGUUUGUAGACUGCGUUGAUGACCAUUAGCAAACUGGAUCUGACUUAUUUUAAGCACAAUAAGUAGUUCUAAGUAAAGCAGAGUCUGGUUUGGGAGAGAUGACAAGAAAGAAAACAACAGAUUGUCCUGUUUUAGUGGCUUGUUCUGCUUUUUUUUUGUUGUUUGUUGCCUUCAUAAUGAUCUCUCUAACUGCUGCCUACUGACUUGAUCUUUAGUAGAAACUUGAAUAAUGUAUGUUUGUUUGUCUUUUUAUCGCAAAAAAACGCACAAUAGUUUAAGGAGUUUUUAAGUCUGGACUCCAAAUACCAUUUAGAGAGAGGAGCUAUGGGUCAGGGAGGAGUAGGUAAAUGAAGUAUAAGAUGUUUUUUUCAGCCUUUUCAUUUUCUGCCUGAAACACCAGCAGAGUAAAUUGUAAGCUAAAUAUACAGAUGGACUUUGGAUUUCCAUGGACAACAUGUCUAAAUUAUAGAUAACUUUAAAUGUUGCAUCUUGUGUUUCCCUGGAGUUUUUUUUUAUCUUAUUUUUGUUUUGUGUUGUUGUGUUUGUUUUUUAUGAAUUACCUGCACUUGAACUGUACUUGUGAGGGACAACACGUAGUGUGACCUGUCAUACUUGUCAAACUACUGAUUAAAUUUUCCUGGUCUGAUCUAA